AUGCCUACUAUACUGGGUAGAAACCCAUUUCAUCAUAAGAUUCAGAGUCAUUCAUCGAACGUGGAACCGCACAGCGAACAUGGACGGUCUUCUAGGUCAUUUCUGGGGUUUAUGAACAAGACUAAUAGCGAUGAGUCAACGCGUAGUGGAGGGGAACAACGUAGCGAUAUGAAGCGGGCUGCUGGUUCUAUGAACGAACUGAAACGGUUCUUUCGGCCAUCAAUGCAUAGGCGUCCAUCUCAGGUUAGUCUGAGACACGGAUCCCCUGAGCACCACUCGCAUACGCAGUCAGCGAUUCCUCCGAGCUCAGAUUCCACUUUGUCGCUGUCAAACCGGACCAACAUUUACCACGACGAUUCGCUAUUGGCGCAGAAAUAUGGUAAGCUUGGAAAGAUACUAGGCUCCGGUGCGGGCGGUUCGGUCCGCGUGCUUGUUAGGCCGACUGAUGGCGCCACAUUUGCGGUGAAGGAGUUCAGGCCGCGCAAACCUAACGAACAAGUCAAGGAUUACGCCAAGAAGUGUACUGCAGAGUUUUGUAUUGGGUCCACACUCCACCACCCUAAUAUUGUGGAGACCCUGGAUAUUUUUAGCGAUUCUAAACAAAACAAGUACUUUGAGGUGAUGGAAUACUGUCCAAUCGACUUCUUCGCAGUGGUAAUGUCGGGUAAAAUGACACGUGGUGAGAUCAACUGUUGUCUGCGUCAAUUAAGCGAGGGUGUACGGUAUCUCCAUUCAAUGGGUCUAGCGCAUCGAGACCUGAAACUUGACAACUGUGUUAUGACACAUGACGGGAUUUUGAAGUUGAUAGAUUUCGGAAGUGCCGUUGUUUUCAAGUACCCAUUCGAGGCAGAUGUUGCUAUGGCUCACGGAAUCGUCGGUAGCGACCCUUAUCUAGCCCCUGAGGUCAUCACAUCAACUAAGAAAUACGACCCACAGCUUGUCGAUAUCUGGUCUAUCGGGAUUAUUUAUUGUUGCAUGAUGUUAAAGCGUUUCCCAUGGAAGGCUCCUAGAGAAAGUGAUGAUAACUUCAGGUUGUAUUGCAUGCCUGAUGACUCGGAGCACGACUACGUUAAAUCCGCCAAAGAACAUGAAAUCCUAAUGUCUCAGAGACGUCUGGAGAAACAGAAGAUGAAGAGAAUGAGAGAAUCAAGAGAAAAAUCACCACUUGCCAAUUCGGAAAGCACGGUGAGACCAUCUACUCCCACUAAUGAAGCGCCACAAGCCUCAGCGACUCCAGCAAUUGAAGUUACUGCAGUAGGCUCCUCAAAAGAGGAAGUCGACAAGCCUGCUACUGCUGCCGCUGCGGACGUGGACGAAGUUCAUCAGCAUAAUGAUACACAUGAAUCUGAGCAACACGGUUCAUCCUCGUCGCCCAAGUCAAGCCUAAAAAGCGAGCCGGAAAAACCCUCGCAUUCGCACAGAACGGUUUCACACGACUCUUCGAAGCCUAGGAGGGUAAUUCAUGGACCUUACCGUCUCCUCCGUCUGCUUCCACAUGCCUCAAGACCUGUGAUGUCUCGUAUACUUCAGGUUGAUCCUAAGAAGAGAGCCACCCUUGAAGAGGUCUUUCAAGAUGACUGGUUCGGUAAUAUACCUUUUUGCACAAUAGACGAUAAAAAAAAUGUCAUCAGGGCCCCUGGUCAUUCACAUACUAUCGUAAGAGAAGAGGAGGCUCAUCUUGAGACUUACAAAGUCUGA